AUGACCAGCUUACAAACUGCCGUUUGUACCGUCAGCCUCUCAGCAGUUGUGUUGGGCUAUGAAUUUGAAGGCGUGCUUUUCCUGUUCAUACUAUUAAUUAAUAUUAGCUUAGCAGUUCCCAUGGAGUGCAAGGUUUUGAGUGCGAGUCAACGCUUAGACGACUCUGUGGUUCAAAACGUCUACUUAGAGGCAGGAGACGACGAUGCGUUAAGUGCUGAGACUAUUCUACUGAGAACACAAAGGAACAAUGUCUAUGUCUCCUAUGAUGGAGGAAUUGUUUUCCACCAGAUCGAAUUAAGAGAUAAGGGGAGAAUUAUUGACAUUAUCGUGAAUAAGCACUUUCCUGCCUAUGUCUAUCUGAUCACUGUGGAUGGUUAUAUCUAUAUUUCUUCCAAUGGUGCAGUUUCUUUCAAGAGAGUGAAAGCUCCUUCGAAAAGAAGCGUUGAUUUUGCUCUCAUGAAGAACCCUCUCUCCUUCCACAAGUAUGAUCCCAAGAAAUUUAUUUACGCUGGAAUGAAGGGCUGUCAUUUCUGGAAUAAUGUUGCAGACUGCCGAACGUCUUCUGUGAACAGUCUUAUGCUAAUGGAGAGACACCUCCAAAUCCACGUCUGCUUGUUAGCUCUGAUUAUUUUAAAUCUGAUCGACGAGAAGUGCUCAGUAAUACUCUCCAACCCAUCGAAACUGCUCAUGUCUUGUGGCACCAACUAUCGUUGA